CCGCGGCUCCCAGCCCAACUCCCAUGCCUGUCCACUAGGCCCGGUUUCCACUAGAGAUAAAACCAUCCCGGCUAUCUGGUACCCCGUGUCCCGCCGCCGCCGGAGUAGGAAGAUGCUCUCACUCCGGCCACCUCACACCACGUUCCCUCGCACCUCACCGUGGCUGAGGUGGGGCCGCCUUGGCGGAGCCGCCGCGCCGCAUUGUCUCAGCGCCGCGGCACCGGCGCUAGCACGGGAGACGGCCGCGGGACCGGGGAGCGUCUCCUUCCCGAUUCUGGUGAAUGGCUGCACUGGUAAAAUGGGGCUAGCUGUUGCUGAGGCUGCUGUUCUUAGGGGCCUUCACCUAGUCCCCGUUUCAUUCAGUAGUAGAGAGAAGGUUAAAGAAACAAUACAAGUUGGACAAACAGACAUUCGUAUAUGUGGUCCUUCUGCACGAGAAGAUGAUCUUUCAUCUGUCGCUGAUGAAUUCCCAGAUGUCAUUGUUGUGGACUACACAGCACCUGAUUCUGUGAACUGUAAACAGUUUAAUCCUCUAUUUGUGAUGGGCACAACUGGUGGGGAUCGGCAGUUGCUCUACAAGUCAGUGCAAGAUUCAAAAAACUAUGCACUAAUAUCUCCACAGAUGGGAAAACAGGUGGUUGCAUUUGUUGCUCUAAUGAGAAUCUUCGCCGAGCAGUUUCCAGGGACCUAUUCGGGUUAUCAUUUAGAGGUUUUAGAAUCCCAUCAAGCUAGCAAGAAGGACACAUCUGGUACAGCUAAAGAUGUGAUUGCUUGUUUUGAGAAAUUAGGUGUGCCAUAUGAUAUGAACCGGAUGGUUAAGAUUAGGGAUCCUGAGCAGCAGCUUGAGAUGGUGGGUGUCCCUGAAGAGCACAUUGAUGGGCAUGCAUUCCAUUUGUACCACCUCACUUCUUCUGAUGAUAGUGCUUCAUUUGAGUUCCAGCACAAUGUUGGUGGCCGUUCAAUCUACGCUGAAGGAACUAUUGAUGCUGCAAUAUUUCUGCAUAGCAAGGUACAAUCAAAGGAUUCUAAGAGAAUAUACAACAUGGAGGAUGUCUCGCGAGAAGGAUAUAUGCGAUAAAAUUUACUGUUCAGUUGUUCAUUAGUUUGAAGCAACGUACUGUUUUUUUUUUGUCUGUGGGGAAGUAUUAGAUACUUAUUAUUAGAGCUUCUUUGUGAGAACUAAAUAAAUAGUUAGUCUACUGAGUUCAAGUUUCUAUCAUAAUUGAAGAAAAAAAUACAUUAGAAAUAGAAAAAACUACGCAUUAAAGAGUACUUAACUUUCUUUUGGGUGCAAGUGCAAAAUAACAAUCAAUACAUUGUUCUAAUAUCUAAUUGAGAAAAAUCAUGGACUUUCAAAGUAAUUUACAUUCUCCUUACACGUCAGACUCUGGAUGAAACCUCUCCAGGUUUUGGUUUCAUGAAGUACCGUGCCAGAGAUACGGCAUGUAAAUUACUACUCCGUAGAUUCUGGAUUUCAUUUCAGUACUUUUUUGAAAACGAACUUGGUAAGAUCCAUAUCUCUAGGGACAGACUGACAGUCAUGCUCGGUGGAAAUGUGGAAUGCUUUGUCUCUGCCGUUUUGCCACUGACAUUGUGCUUCAUGUCGUAGAAAUUCGCUGCUAUAUAACUAGCCCUGGGCUGGCUAUGGCAACUUUAAGAGGUGAUCACCAGAACCUGAACCAAAGUUGCAGGGUGCCGUCGAUACAAGAAGUCGUACAAGAAGAGAGGUGGCACUCGACAAUUCGUACAAGAAUUCGUUUUGGUCUCUGCGCGAUCCGACGAACUGCAUCCGGUGCAUUUAGUGCUCAACUAAUCGUGCGCCGUCGAUUUCAAGGAGAAGAUAAUGUCUGAAAGGGUCAUUUCAGAGCUGGAGUUUUUUCAGUAGCUCGUACAGUU